CUUGGUUUUGCAGCCGACCCGUUUUUUUCCUCGGUCUGUGCCUCGGUCACCGUUGCGGCGCCAUGGCGCUGCGUCGGAUACGCCAGGUCUUCGAUCCAAGCCUUCGGAGCGACUUGCUGAGUGCGUCUGCACUCGGUUUCAUUGGAGAUGUGGUCUGCCAAAUUCUGAUAGAGAAGCGACCGGCACCCAAGGAAAUUGAGGAUUUGAAGUGGGGGCAUGAAGAGGGCAAGUUUGAUGUUCGCCGGCUAUGGGCGUUGACACUGUUUAGCAGUGAAUCUCGACUCGGUUUCAGAGGCCUACAUUGGUGGCUUUCUUCAUUUCCUCUAUCAGUUCUAUUCGCCUGCUGUAUUUGCAAUGUCAAAGUACAUGCCGCUGGCCCUGAGACUGCAGCUGCGUCGAGAGGAUACCAUGGCACAUUGCUUUGCCUGUGCUUGUGU